AACCCAGCAUCAUUGAUUUUGCAAUUUGACAUUUGGAAUAUUCGGCGAUUUUCUACAAGAAUUGUUAUUCAUUUGUAACAGAAUAUUGGCCUAGAGCGUGUUCCAGACGAUCAUACGCAAAAAUGAACGAAGAAGUCGUGGUUAGCUCGAGAAGCGACAGAGAAAUCCGGAAAAAAGUGAUCCAAACCGGCGACUACAGUUUGGUCCCGUAUGAAGAAUCUCGUUGCAAGAUCAGCAUAAGCGACGUUAAAUGCGUAGACAGCGCGGGAUAUUGCGAGAUAGAACCCGAAUGUCUGGUCUUUAGCAGGAAUUUCAAUGGGAUUAUAAUUAUCGGCGACAAUGACUGUUUUUUAGACGAAGAUAUGGAGUUGGUCCUUCAACAGAUGUGUUGCGGCGAGAUCUGUGAGGCAACGUUUAUAUACAAAGACCUUGAGGAUGCACUGGAGAUGAAAAUCACGUGCAAAAUCCACCUGAAGGAGGUGACUGAGGAGCAGCUGAUCAGCGAUUGGAGUUGGCAGAGGCUGCUUGAAUGUGGAAUGCAUCAUAAGGAGCGAGGUGUGACACUAGCCAAGCAAGAGAAGAUGGUGGAAGCAUUUAACCGGUUCAGCAAAGCACUGAAGAUGAUAAUCGCCAUAGAGCCAAUUGAUCCUGAGCUCAUUGAUGAGGAGAAAGUCCAGGAACUAAGGGAUACAAAGAUAAAAUUAUACAACAACUUAGCUCAUUGCCAGCUCUACUUCGGUUGCUUUGAAGGUGCCCUUGUCCUCUGCAACAAAGCCUUGGCACUUCAACCAGACAACAUAAAGUCCUUAUACCGUCGCUCCGUGGCAUACUCGGGGCUGGAUAUGUACGAAGAAGCCUGGGAGGACAUACAGCAUGCCCUCCGACUGUUCCCUAACGAUAAAUCGGCCCAGCAGAAGGCAAAGGAAUUGAAACCCAAGAUUGAGAAGAUCAAUAAGAGUUACUCGGAGGUUAUUAAGAAGAUGUUUACCUGAUGGUAUGCAUUUGUAAGAGCCUUGUUACAUCGGCUCUUUUUGGCACCAUUCGCUCAGAUCAGAGGUUGAAUUUUCGACUGUGGCUACUGCUUACACAAGGUUUAAUUUGGUUUACGCUCAUAUUUUGAGAUUCGCCAUGUACUGAGUCAUUGAAUCAUGUAAUAUGUAAAUAAAUGGCCAAGAUAUCUUAUACUGCAUAAUGUUCGGCUCUGUUAAUAUAAUUCAUAAUUCCAUUAUUUCGGGUAAGUACUUUAUUAGAUUGGAGCCUGCCAUAUUAUAGUAUAAUAUUGGAAGCUAUUAUGACAUAAGUACUUAAUAUACAUUUAAAUAACUUAUUAUCAAGCUUGAUAAUCAAUUUGUCAACAAGAUACUAAAAUCCCAUUCCAUAUUACAUUUUUUAUUUAGUUGCCAUCACGCGUUCAUUUCUAUGCCUCUCUUUGUGUGAAUGUGGCCUUAACUAAAUACAUUUUUCAGAAACUCAUUUCUGUGAUAGUUUAUAUUUUAUAUUUAGGCUGGUUUGCACAACUUGCUAUUUAGCAAACAUAUUUAUUAUUAUGUAUUAAUUGUAAAUGAAGUUAUAAUAUGUACAUUUUCAUAUAAUAUUCUUUUAUUACAAUGACAAAUGUCAAUCAUACAAUUUACUUUUUAGUGACCAUAGAGUGGCCACAAACACAACAUUUAUGUUUUAGGUAAACCCAUUUAGAACCUCGUGCUGUCUCUUUCAUUCAUUAGAAGUUGACAAAGACAGCAGUAUGAUCAAAAUAUAGUUAAAGCAUGUUUCACAAGUUUGAAGCAAAUUUUAUUUGAAAGUAGUAAUAUUAAAUAGCUAAUAUAGAUAGUACUCAUUUUAUCACCAUUUAUUUGGAAGCACAGAUUAGUUUGAUCUUUUGUAUUUGGUUGGGUUAUAUAUUUAUGUGACGGUUCACAUUUUUAUGAAAAAGGCUGUUUGAGUAAAGAAUAUUUAGUCAGUCAUGCAAGCCAGCCUAUGAUUAUAUUUUGUAGUUUUAUAUUUUGUUAGUGUUGUUUUAAUACAAUUAGGUAAGGAUGAAGUACUCAGAAUAAUAACUUAAACUAUAGAAACUGUACUUUAGCUAUUAAAGCCUUACAUUGACACUGUUUCAACUUACGGCUUUGGUAAGAUGUGGGGAGGACAUGCAUACUCAUUGUUGCAUUCAAAAUUUACAAAGUUGUCACCAGUUUUCACGUAAUUUUUUACUGACUGGGUAGAUGCCAUCGUUAUGUCUUAUUUUUAUCGCCAGGCAACGUUGUGCAAGUUCUGUUGGGUUGACUUUGAAGGGCAUUAUUCUUUUUCGUUUUAAAGUUAACGUUCGCCGUACAAGACAUUAGUUCCAUAUUUCACCACAACGUGGCGCGGUUUUUUGUUUACCUCGUCGAUGUAAAGACGCAUUAGUUUAUCCAGGGAGGAAAAAAAUAUAAAUUUAACUAAUUUAAUUCGAAUUGUCAUUUCAUCUGCUGGCUCUUUCGAAAUAAAUUAAAAACAUUAAAUAUUUUUUGUUUCUCUCACUCUCUUGCGUUGCCCGACAUGAAUAAUGUUACUGUUUCACAUUUUUUAUUUAGUACGGCUUCUAUAGCUUUAGUUAUUAUUCUGAACUAAAAUGUUAUUGAAACACUAGCGUCUGGUUGUAAGACUAAACUUUUUUAAAUAUGGCGGGAAUAUAUAGGCAAUAGAUUACAUUGAUGUUACAUAAAUUAUUGUGUUUACGCACCGCUAGAUGGCGACACUGUAUUUGAUACAAUUAACAAUUAUAUUAUAACCUUUAGGAUACUUACUCAAAUAUAACAAAAAAGUCCACACAGAUACUCGACGUCCACUGCCGUCGCUGCCACCAUAUCUUGUUUCAACCAGAAUAUAUUAUAAUUAAUAAAUACUUCUAUAUAGUUGAAUUAAUGUUUUCAAUCUCUCAUAUAAAUAUUGUAAUAACAGGCAUUACUUAAAUAAGGUAUAUUUGUAGGAAUAAAUUAUUAAAAUAUUUGACCCUAGGACAUUUCUAUAUUCACAACAUUUGUAUCUCAGAGACUCAGUGUGGUUAGUACUGGCUUAAGCCCCGUGGAUACGGUAAAAUAGACAGUAGUCAACGUCAGUUAGCAUACUAUACCAGCUCUAAGUACCUACUUUACCAGUUUUAAUGGAAUUAAAUAAUUGAUUUGAACCUGUAGUGUUAUACACUAUACAUUGUAGCCAUUGUAACUGGCCAUAAUAACUUAACAUCUCAUGUCUCAGGAUGGCGAGCGCAGUGGAAUACCAAACAAUACUUUGUAAUUCAAGGUGUUGGAUGGUGUUUCUACUGUUUAUGGGCGGUUGUAUCGCUUAACAUAAAGCGAACGGCGACCUCGUUUCGUCAUUCAAAGAAAUAAAAAAAAAGGAGAUUGAAUUCAGCACUCCACCAAAUCUGUUUAUAUUGGCAUUGUCCUCUACUAUGAAGCCAUUUACUUUGUCCGUGUACAUUAAGUAUGUAUAUUAAGGUAAUAUAAACGUAGCAUCACGCUUUCCCCUUUUCGAAGAUAUGCAGAAGUGUAACUUACAUUUCGCCAUUUCAGGUCCAUGUUAUAUGAUAAUGAUUUCACAGAGGAAUCUCUUUUUGUAUUAUAUUCAGUUUCAAACAUAGAUAACUUCCCUAUUGAAAUUGGCAUACAGAAUAUCAUUCCAUGGUAAUUUCACAAAGAUAAAGUAAUGUGGCUGUGUUGCCAGUUUACACCGUCAUAGAGAAUAAGGCCUCGGGAUUGAAGUAGGGCCGUAGCUAGACUUGAAUUUAGGGCAGCUGUGAUUAAAGCUAGGGCGGAAGUAAAAAUGUUACUAGAUCUGAGCUGGUCAAUUGAUUUUUGGCUUUCUUGACUCACGAACAUAAAUGAGUCAGGUUACUACUUACUUAAUUAUUAGGGUAAUAUACAGAUUGUAACAAAAUACCCUUAAAUCUCGAAAGAGGGUUAUUCCACUUAUCAUUACGAAUAACUUACUAUGGAACUAACUUCCAAAUCGUGAAAUAAAAAACCCGCUGCUCCAUAUAUUCUGAUUGGGUAGUUAUGUAUAAUUUUGUUGAUUAUUAAGGUGUUAACACCUGUAAAACUCGAAUUUAUGCUAAUUUAGAAAAUUUGAAAUUAAAUAUCUCGGGGUAUUGUUCGCAACUGCAUACAGGAAAUAAAUAGAUUGACCUUUGGUCUUGCGAUUGUCUGUUGCAAUUUUUUAAUUUAAUACGAUAUUGUAUAUAAAAUCAUGCUUAGUAUUAGUAUUUUAUGGUAGGGCAUUGCCCCACAAUGCCCCCCCCUUAGCUACGGCCCUGGAUUGAAGCUAACAUCUUUCGAACUAGGAACCUCACCACGACAGUCAUGUCGCGUACGCAAAACUAUUUAGAAAGUAGGCAGUUAUAAUAUUUUGAAAAGUGAAGCAUAGUUUGGAUUUAUACUACAGCCAUUAUUCUUGGAUAAGUAGAAUAAUAUAAUUGUACAUAUUAUUGUAAAAUUACUAUAAGAAAAACUUUAUAAAUAAACUAUAAUAAGUG